AUGGCUCCUCUUUGCUUCUACUCUUUCAUCAUGCUCUGCAUCUUUUCAAUCUCCGCUCUUCCUCACUCUCUCAAUACCUCUCAACAGCUACAAUUGCUCCUGCAAUUCAAAACGGCUAUUUCCAACAACAACACCUCUUCACUGCCAGAUUGGACUCCUCUUCACCCCCUCUGUAACUGGUCUGCCGUUACCUGCGACCCCUCUUUCCAGUCCGUCGUCGCCCUCAACUUAUCCGACAUGAACUUAGACGGCACCAUCUCUCCUCUCCUCGGGAAUCUCUCCUCUCUUCAAUCCCUCGAUCUCUCCAACAAUGCCCUCACUUCUACCAUUCCACCUCAACUCGCCCAACUCACCCAUCUGCAGGUACUCUGGGUACACCGCAAUCAAUUGCAAGGAACAAUUCCCCUCUCUCUUUCUGCUUGCCGAAAUUUGAAUGACCUGGCACUCUCCUAUAACCAACUGCAUGGCAGCAUUCCGCCUGAGCUGAGUCUCCUUACAAGAUUGAAGUUCCUCUACUUAGGACAAAACAAUCUCACAGGUGUUAUUCCCCCUUCUUUCAAAAACCUGUCCACUUUAGUUGAAUUGUACUUGGGAGAAAAUGAUUUGUACGGCCCCAUUCCUUCUGAAUUGGGAGCCCUCUCUCAACUACAGAGGCUAUCACUUAGUACGAAUCAGUUGUCAGGUCCCAUUCCCCCUGAAUUGGGCAUGCUCACUCACCUGCAGGUUCUUUACCUUUAUACAAAUAACUUAUCAGGCACCAUUCCCAGCUCCUUAGGAAAUCUGUCUUCCAUGACCGAUUUAGAAUUGACAGAAAAUGAUCUUCAUGGCCCCAUUCCCCCUGAAUUGGGCACGCUCACUCACCUGCAAAAUCUUGACCUUUGGGGGAAUAACUUAUCAGGUGCCAUUCCCUAUUCUUUAACAAAUCUCUCGAAAUUGAGAGUAUUAGGUUUAAGUCAAAACCAGCUGAGUGGACAUAUUCCACGGGAAAUAGGUACCAAGCUCUCCAAUUUGCAUUUACUCAGUUUAUGGGGAAAUCAGCUUAGUGGAAAAAUACCAAACUCUCUUGGAAAUUGUUCCAACCUCACAGCACUUGUUUUAGCUGAAAACCAGCUGAAUGGAAUGGUGCCAAUGGAGCUGGGCAAGUUGAAACUCCUUACCCGGCUUUACCUACAUACCAAUCAACUUGUUAGUGAUAGCAGCAACACAUUGUCUUUUCUAACUUCUCUUACAAAUUGCUCCCACUUGCAAGAAAUAUUAGUGUCUAAUAAUCAUCUCACUGGUAUAUUGCCCCCGUCCAUAGGCCAACUGUCUUCCAAUUUAAGUUUCUUGGAUUUAUCAAACAACAUGAUAAGCGGAAGAAUACCACAGCAGAUUGCCAAUCUAACUGAUUUAAUCUAUUUAAGUUUGAGGGAUAAUCUUUUCAGUGGCAAUAUUCCAUCCGGAAUUAAAAGAUUCCAGAAGUUGGAAAGAUUGUAUUUGGGUGGGAACAAAUUAGAAGGAAGCAUUCCAAGUGAGAUAGGUCAAAUGCAACAUCUCGGACUCCUAAACUUUAGUCACAACCAGCUAUCUGGAAAACUGCCAGAUUCCCUUUGUAGCCCUAAGCAGCUAAGACGUCUUUUACUUCAGCACAACAACUUGUCAGGGGAGAUCCCUGUUGUUUUAGCAGGAUGUCAGAAUUUGGAGCUCAUUGACUUAUCUUACAAUAAAUUAGGUGGAAGGAUACCUCCUGAUUUCAUUGCCAGCCUCAAAAAUCUGGUUUUCUACCUCAAACUUUCGUGGAAUUCUCUGGAAGGGUCUUUGCCACUAGAGAUGAGUAAAAUUGCAAUGGCUCAAGCCAUAGACAUCUCUGGAAAUCGGCUUACUGGGCUGAUUCCGAAUUCUCUAGGAGACUGCACAGCAUUAGAGCAUCUGAAUCUGUCCCACAAUGCCUUUGAAGGUCCAAUUCCAGACUCGCUCUCCAAAUUACAAAAUCUCCAAGAAAUGGAUCUUUCUACCAAUUCUUUAUCAGGUUCAAUACCAAUGUCCCUUGAAAGAUUAAAAGUACUUCAAUACAUGAAUGUUUCAUUCAAUAAUUUGUCAGGGCAGAUUCCAAAAGGAGGGUUGUUUCCAAAUAGAACUGUUAUAGAAUUGUUUAUGGGAAACCCUGGCCUCUGUGGACCAAUGAAUUAUUCAUUGCCUCCAUGCCCAAAGAAGAGUCAAGAAAAGCAUUCACUGCUUAAAAAAAUAGUCUUAUCAGUUUCAAACUUGCUUGGAGUGGGUAACUUCGGAUCAGUCUACAAAGGAAUUUUGAGGGAUGGUAAGAUAGUUGCAAUCAAGGCUCUUAAUUUGCAGAAUGAAGAAGCUCAUAAGAGCUUCGACACAGAAUGCAAAGUAUUAGGGAGGAUUCGGCACCGUAACCUGAUCAAAAUCAUAAGUGCAUUUUCCUACUCUGGCUUCAAAGGUCUGGUUCUUCAAUUUGCUUCCAAUGGGAGCUUGGAGAAACAUUUGCACCCAGACAGGGAUGAUCAGGAAUUUUGUAAAUUGGGAUUGGAGGACUGUUUGAGCAUUGCUGUAGAUGUUGCCCAUGGCAUGGAGUAUUUACAUCAUGAUUGUCCUUUCCAAAUUGUGCACUCUGAUUUAAAACCUAGCAAUGUGCUCCUGGACGCCAACAUGACGGCCCUUGUGACUGAUUUUGGUAUAUGCCGUUUGAUUACUCCAAAUUCCAUAGAUUCAUUUAGUGCUGCAACAUUUGCACUCAACGGAUCUAUUGGCUAUAUUGCUCCAGAGUAUGGAUUGUGGGGGGGUGUUUCCACAAAGGGAGAUGUUUACAGCUAUGGAAUUCUGAUAUUAGAGAUGGUUACAAAGAAGAGGCCAAGUGAUGACAUGUUCGUGGGAGACAUGAACUUGCAGAAGUGGGUAAGGUCAGCUUUUCCAGAUAGACUGGCAGAUAUUGUUGAUUGUGGGCUAUUGAGAGAUGUGAAUGAAAACAUGGAAGCCAAUAGGUGUCUUCUUUCUUUCAUUCAUGUUGGUUUGCUUUGUAGCAGUGAAUCACCAAGAGAACGACCUUCCAUUAGAGAUGUAGCCAGGUUCUUGGAGAGUCUCAAGACAUCUUCCAUGGGGGGUGCAGUUGCUUCAAAUUUAACAGCCACCAUAUCAGACCUCCUGCGCAAUACCAAUCGCGCAGAAACAUUGGCAUCUGACAGUCAAAGUUCUACAUUUUAGAUAUUUAGAAGCUCAAUUAGUAAGUUUUAGUCCUUUUAUGUUUGGUAGUUUCAAGUUUGUUUUUUUCAAUGUAAAAUCGUUCUUAGGAUAAAUUGUAGUUCUUCCGAGUCUGCGAGGUGUUCCAAUUCAUGAAUAAGCAUUAUACUACUUUGAGAGUGGAUAAUGUUGUCUAUAUAAACUUUCUAAAAUACUGUAAAACGUGUAUUCAAAUCACUUUGUCUCA